AUGGCUGAAGCUCCUAUUGUUCUCGAUGGCGGUACUGGUUUCCUCAAGGCGGGUUAUGCCGGACAGAACUUCCCGGAUCACCAGUACCCUUCGAUAGUCGGCCGGCCCAUUCUGCGAACCGAAGAGCAAAACACGGGUGACAUCCAGCUCAAGGACAUCAUGUGUGGUGACGAGGCUGCGGAGGCGCGCUCAAUGCUUCAGAUUACCUACCCUAUGGAGAACGGCAUCGUGAAGCGCUGGGACGACAUGCAACAACUGUGGGACUACACUUUCUACGAGAAGAUGAAGAUCGACCCAGCUGGCCGCAAGAUCCUGCUCACUGAGCCACCCAUGAACCCCCUCAAGAACCGCGAAACCAUGUGCGAAGUCAUGUUUGAGCGUUACAAUUUUGGCGGUGUCUACGUGGCUAUCCAGGCUGUGCUGGCUCUAUACGCACAGGGUCUCUCAUCCGGUGUAGUCGUCGAUUCAGGAGAUGGUGUUACACAUAUUGUUCCCGUCUACGAGAGCACCGUUCUCAACCACCUUACUCGACGUCUCGAUGUCGCCGGACGUGAUGUGACCCGCAAUCUCAUCGCGCUCCUUCUACGGAGGGGAUACGCCCUGAACCGAACCGCCGACUUCGAAACGGUACGACAAAUCAAAGAGAAGCUCUGCUACGUAUCAUAUGAUCUCGAGUUGGACCAGCGCCUCAGCGAAGACACAACAGUGCUGGUGGAGUCAUACACUCUUCCGGACGGUCGAGUGAUCCGGGUGGGCAGUGAGCGUUUCGAGGCCCCCGAAUGUCUGUUCCAGCCUCACCUUGUGGAUGUGGAACAGCCCGGUAUCGCCGAGUUCCUGUUCAACACGAUCCAGUCGGCCGACGUGGAUGUGCGAAGCAGUCUGUACAAGGCCAUUGUGCUGAGUGGUGGAAGCAGCAUGUACCCGGGUCUGCCCAGUCGGUUGGAGAAGGAGCUGAAGCAGCUGUGGCUCACCAAAGUUCUAGGCGGAAACCCAGAGCGACUCAACAAAUUCAAGGUGCGCAUCGAGGACCCGCCUCGACGAAGGCACAUGGUCUUCUUGGGUGGUGCUGUGCUGGCAAACAUCAUGGCAGACAAGGAAAACAUGUGGAUAACAAAGGCGGAGUGGGAAGAACAGGGCGUGCGUGCUCUGGAGAAGCUUGGGGCAAGAGGAUAG